CAUCACAUAAAACACAAGACUCCUCUUUUUCUUCUUCUUUGUCUUUGCUGUUUUACAAUAAUUUCGUUCAUUUCAUUUCAUGCAAAAUGCAAUCUUUGUCUAACUGACUGUCUGACCCGUAUAUCCAACCAUUUUUCUUUGCUUAAUGUUUUUUUCAUCUCCAACUCUAUGGGGGCUCAGAAGAGCGUCCAUGCAGGCAAAGCCAAGAUUGAUGUCAAUGUUGAUUUCACCCACAAGCUAUGUGCUCCUAUGAUAUUUCCUUCUUUAAGGAACACUAGCAGUCCUCUUUCCCUAGUAAUUGGAAGUCUUUGCAUAAAACACCCAAAUUUAUUUGGUGGAAGUGAGAAGUUUGAUGUGUCGUGGGAUAAGGGAUUAUAUGAUUCAAAUAUCUUGGUAGCUUAUCGGAGGCCUCGACCACAAUGGGUUGCUCAACAAUGUUUUAUCUUGCAGCACUCACUUUCACCUGAGAUUGGAGUCCAUGGUAUACCUGUAGACAAUUUCUCUCGUUCAGGGAGUGGCGGCAUGAAUUUGUCUCGAUUAUCAGUUGGAUUGGAUCUAAAUGAACCCGCAAGUUCUAAAUGGAGCAGCACAACAAGUAUAAAAUUUGAGAAUGUUCGCCUGUUGAGUGAUGAUGGCCGCUCCAUUACCAGAGAUCUUGAUGGGUUUCCCGUCACUUGCAGUGGCAAUGCCCAUGACAGUAUGGUAGUCUUAAAGCAAGAAUCUCGAUAUGUGAAGGCAAAUGAUCGCAGUUUUUCUCAAUUUACUAUGCAAAUAGAACAAGGGAUUCCUGUUCUGUCAAAGUGGUUAAUCUUUAACCGAUUCAAAUUUGUUGCAUCAAAGGGCAUCAAACUUGGACCUGCCUUUUUCUUGACAAGCCUGACAGGUGGUUCCAUUGUAGGAGAUAUGGCUCCUUAUCAAGCAUUUGCAAUUGGUGGUCUUGGUAGCGUGCGAGGGUAUGGCGAAGGUGCUGUUGGAUCUGGAAGAUCAUGUUUGGUUGCUAAUACUGAACUGACAUUUCCUUUGAGCAAGAUGUUGGAAGGUUCUGUUUUCCUAGACUGCGGAACUGAUUUGGGCUCUGGUCGGCUUGUACCUGGAAAUCCAGCUUUGAGACAGGGCAAACCGGGAUCUGGAGUUGGACUUGGAUAUGGUCUUCGCUUCAAGUCUCCACUUGGUCAUUUCCACGUUGAUUAUGCCAUCAAUGCCUUUGAACAGACGACUCUAUACUUUGGCAUCACAAACCAUGCUUCUUGAUUGGCUUAACCAUACAAGCUGCUGCCAAAUUCUUGCUCUUCCCAUUUCAUUAGCAUGGAAAAAGACCAUUUCAGAGAGAAAACGGGGAGAAGAAAGGGAAAGGGUUGGGUUAGGGACUGAGGAUGGUGCUAGGAGACGUCUCUGAUGUCUAAAGGGUUCCGGAUGCUGCAGACUCUGGCGCAUUCAUCGUCUUCAACCUGCUAUACAGUUGCCAUUUCAUGGAGAAAUAUUUGAAGCUGCAUGAAUCCAAG